CAUCCACUCUGACAACCUGCUUGUGGAGCUGUAACUUUAAACAGCUGACAGUGUAUCAUUGUCACAGUGUGGACGUUUCCUGUCUCAUCGUGUGUCUCUGUUUGUGGACUUCACAGCUCAUCAGUGUGAUGAGACACCUCUGACUUCAGGACGUCCGUCUGGAAUCUGUAACCACUGAAGAAGAAGAAGAAGAAGAAGAAGAAGAAGAAGAAGAAGAAGAAUGAGUUCUCCAAAAAAGAAACAGAGAGUUGGAAAUAAAACCAGAUCUUACAGCUGUGACCAGUGUUUGAAAACGUUCCCUACAUCACAGCGAUUAAAGAGUCACCAGAGAGUUCACAGUGGAGAGAGACCAUACAGCUGUGAGCAGUGUGAGAAAGCUUUCACCACUGCAGCACUCCUAAAACAACACCAGCGUAUCCACUCUGAAGAGAAACCGUACAGCUGUGACCAGUGUGAGAAAAAGUUUUACACGAUAUACAGUUUGAAGAGUCAUGAGAGAGUUCACUCUGGAGAGAGACCGUACAGCUGUGACCAGUGUGAGAAGGCUUUUACAGCUCUCCAUCAUUUAAAACAACACCAGGCCUUCACACACUCUGAAGAGAGACCACACAGCUGUGACCAGUGUGAGAAAACAUACAAAACAGUCGGAACUCUUCAUGUUCAUCAGAAAGUUCACACUGGAGAGAAACCAUUUCAGUGUCAGGAGUGUGGCCACAAAUUUGCUCUAAACUCACGCCUAAAGCUUCAUCAUCAAAGAUAUCACAGUGAAGAGAGACCCCACCACUGUCAGCAGUGUGACAAAGGCUUCACCACAGCAGGGGAGCUAAAGGUUCAUCAGAGAGUUCACACUGGAGAGAAACCAUACAGAUGUGAGCAGUGUGGGAAACGUUUUUCAAGUCCAAGUAACUAUAGAACUCACCAACAUACUCACAGUGGAGAGAAACCUUUCAGCUGUGACAAAUGUGGGAAAGCCUUUGCUCGGUUAUAUCACCUCAAAGCACACAGUGUCACACACUCUGGAGAGAAACCGCACCACUGUGAUGAAUGUGGCAAAACUUUCACUCGGUCAGAAACUCUUAAAAUACACCUACGUAUCCACACUGGUGAGAAACCGUACCACUGCAGACACUGUGAGAAAAGUUUCAUUUCUGUAACAGAUCGCAGGGUCCAUGAACGGAUCCACACCGGACUGAAACCAUACAGCUGUGAUGAGUGUGGGAAGAGAUUCACUCAGCUGUGUGCUUACAACAAUCACAGAAACAUCCACACUAAAGAGAAAAGCUACCCUUGUCUGCAGUGUGGGAAGGUCUUAAGGUCCGCUAGUUCCCUACUGUCUCAUGAGCGUGUCCACUCUGGAGAGAAACCCUUUCAGUGCAAACACUGUGAGAAAACAUUCCCAACAUCAUACCAGUGCUCAAGACAUGAGCAUGUCCACACUGGAGCGAAACCAUACAGCUGUAAGCAAUGUGGGAAAAGUUUUAGAAGUUCAUCUUCACGGCACAAACACAAGCUCAUGCACGCUGGAGUCAAACCACAUCAGUGUGAGCACUGUGACAGACGUUUCUAUACAGCAGACAGACUUAGAGAACAUGAGCGUGUCCACACUGGACACAAACCCUACUGUUGUGUCAAAUGUAAGAAAAGCUUCACCUGGUCAGGUGGGCUGAAGACACACAAGUGUGUCUGAAUGAGAAACCAGAUCUGGACCCUCAUGAUUCAUCAGAGCACGCUGCUGUGUGCGCAUAGUGAGUCGUGGGAGGAAAUGAUGAAAAAAGAUAAAAAAUAGAAAUGGAGCUGUGCAGGCGCAUCGCCGCAAUAUGGCGGUCACCCGAUGCUUCUGUGGUGAUGUGGUGUGUUUUGAGCUGAUACAUUAGUUGAAGAAAUUCACUAUUAAAAAAAACGGCAAUGAUAUCUUGUUUUUCACCUCCGUAACAACACAGAGAUGAAACAACAUGGAUUUUCUUUUUUUUUCUUUUUUGUUUUAGAUUUUUUAGUUUUAAACAAAAGUGUAUAACCUGUGGUUUAUGUUCACCUGAGGGGAAGAGAGGCUGAGAUGAUGGGAGAAAAUCUGAAUGAUUUAAUAUUCCAUAGCUCUGAAAACUCAAAUAUUGUACUUGUUUGUUGUGAUUUUGAAAACAUUACUCAGCAAUAGUGUUAACAUUAUGUUGUUUUUAAAGUCUUUACUUAAAAUAUUUUCUUUCUUUUUUUUACGAGGAAGCUGUUUUCUUACGUUCUUAAGCAUCUUUUCCAGCAGCUCAACAUAUUUUAUUGUUAAAUAGCUGUUAUUAUCUGUUUACCCUUGUUGCAUAAAUAACAGGAUUCAUAGGACAACAAUUCGAUUACUAUACAAUUAUCGAUGUGUCAAAAUUUUUUAUUUCUGUACAUGAUUUAUUUUUGAAUACUUUCUAGUUUUGAAAACAUAGACCAUUUUUGUGACCUAUGUAGUGUAAGGUUUAAUCAUUAAUCAAGUCGUUAAUCAGGUAAAUAUUUAUCAUGCAUAAAUUGAUUAAGGUUGAAAGGUCAUGUAAUGUUUUGUGUACCCAUGUAUGGUAAAAUCACUCUUAUGCAAGUUUAUGUAAUCAUACUGAAAAGCAAAUGCAGGUUUAUGUAAUCGUAUUGAAAGCACAUGAGAGCACACACACACACAUACCAUGCCAUGUACGGCUUGGAAAAGCCCACACACUUCACACCAUGUAUUGCCUGAAAGUGUAAUAAUAGACACACACACACACUCUAAGGUUGUGUAUUGCACGAGAGCACGAGGGACAUUGUAGAAAUAGUCCCCAAGUUCCAUAUGUUUUUAAUAAAUAGAGUGAACCGGAGUUCAAACCUAAUGGUGGGAGAGUUUGGGAAUUUCCAGGCCAAAGGAAAAAGAUGACACCAUUAAGACAUGUCCAGGCAUGUCUGAACAAAAGGAAAAGGGCCUGCCACCAAUAGGUUUGGGCCCAGGUAGGAAGGACUAAAGGAAAAGGAUGGAGAUUCUCCCGAAUCUCCACCAGCAUAAAAGGGAAAGCUCAGAAAGUGAAACGUCAGUCUUGCUCCGGAGCCUGACUCAUCAGUUGCAUGUGUUGAAGCUUGUGAACACAUUAAACUCGAUUGCACCAGA